ACCUUUUGUCUGCUCUCUGAACUUAUUUUCAUAGAUAUUAUUUUCAAACAUUAACUCUAUGCCAUGUACUCCCCUAAGCCUUUACACAUUUUGUCUCAUUUAAUUCUCACAAGAUCCCUGAGUCAGACACUAUUAUUAUCCCUCAUUUUAUAGAUGAGGAAAUUGAGGCACAGAAAGAUUAAGUAACCUGCCCAACAUUGCAUAGCAACCAGUGGCAGAGCUGGUACACCACCAGCUUGUUCAAUAAAGGAUGACACUGAGGAUGAUGAUGACAGACACGUGCAUUGUGUUCACUGUGUGCUGGGCACCAGUCUAUACACCUUACAUAUCCCAGUACAUUCAUUCUCACAGAACCCUAAGAGGGAGGUACACUUAACUGCAUUGUACAGAUAAGGAAACUGAGGCACAAAGAUGUUAAGUGAUUCGUCUAAGUUGAACAGUUAUACUGCCUAAGAAAGGGAAAAGACUAACUUGUGUUUGGCACAGAUCCCAGCUGGGAUUCACCUCAGGUCUGUCUGACCCCUGACUGCAGCCCCUCUAUUUCCCCGAGGUGGGUACCUCUGACUUAAGGCUCAGACAGACCCUUACCUAUCAUUGUCCUCAUCCAGUGAGACCCUCUCAAAGUGCAGAUGCAGCCGGCAUCCCUCAGCUGCUUCAAUGACCCAACGGCAGAGCUGUUGCAUCCAACCUUUGCUGGGACCUGGUCUUGGGAUGACCUCUGCUGUAUAAGCUCACCCCAGAAGACAAGACCUUUUCCAGGCUACCACCCAGACCAGGCAAGGCUCAUCAAGAAGGGCUUUCUGGAAGAAGUGCACCAAAGCUGGGUCUUGUAGGAGAGAGGUGGAGUUGACAGUGGCCACCCCCAGGGUUGCUGUGAGGAGCAAAUGAAACAGCAGUUGGUGAAAAGGUUUUCUAAGUUUCCUGGAGAUGUCCCCUCUGCCCAGCAUGGCUCCUGUUCUUCCACCAGCAGCCCAGAUGCCUCACCCUGAUAGUGGAUCCUGAAGCCACCGCCCCUUGGGACCCGUGGGCUCUGGAAGUGCAGGAGCAGCCGAAGUUCAUGUGGAAUGAGCUUUCUGCUCCUCCAGGAAAAUGGCAAGUUGCUACGUUUAUGAGAAGUCUAAGGGGUGACGGACCGCGAUCUGGGGAGGGGAGACCUCCUCUUACAUACAACAUGAUCCCAGCCAACUGUCAGAUAGCUUCAACUUUGAUUAUUUGUCUCCUGGCCUCCUCUAACACCUCUGGAGGGCUCUUUUCAGCACCACUAACGAACGGACAGCUCUUCUCGGCCGAGUCUGAGCUGGCCCGGCCCCUGGAGCCGAGGACGAUUGCCUGAAGCCGCCUUCACUGUCAGACUCCGGCCGCGGGCUGGCUCUGGUGUAGACGGAGGAGGGGGUCACAGGCCCACUGGUCGAGGAUCGACCGGCCAACCCACAGGCCACAGACCGCAGCGUAAGGGUCCGCUGUCCGCCAGCACCCGCCAAGUUAACAGUCCUCGCGAUUGCCACUUCCCUUGCGUUACCACGCCCCCUCAGCCCCCGCCCCUUCUUUUCGCAUUGCGGGGCACUUAGAGGCCGGGGCCCGCGGUUGGGGAAUGAAAAGGCAAAUCCGGAGACACCCCCCACCCACACUGCGCAGUUGCGGCGACCACUGGGUGGGGGCGGGGUAGCUAAACUGAGAGGACUGUGGGGAGGGGUGACGUCAGGGUGAGUGGGAGCCAAGGCAGAAGCGAGAGAGAAAUGGAGAGUGGACCUGCAGGUCGGGUCGAGUGAGAAGCGAGGGCAGGAAGGAAAGGGGGGAGGAAGGAGGGAGAAGCCCUUGCGAAGGAGGACUGGUUGCGGGUUCCUGGGGCUUCGGGUCCAGGUAGGGUAGGAACUGCAGCCGGGAAAGCUACAGUGAAGGGGUGAAGGGGGGAGAAAAGAAGAGAGGGGGAGACAGGGUGGGUAAAGAAGAGGCAGAGGAGAAAGAGCAAACUGCCGGAAGGAGAAAGGAGAGAGGAGGAGGGGUGUAAGAGGGAGAGAGGAGAGGGAAAGAAAGGGAAGGAGGGUUAGAGGUACCUGAAGGAGGCGAGAAAGAGGAAGACCCAGGUGGAGAGAGACCUCCUGAGGAGAAAAAAUAACAGUGGGAAUGUGGAAGGGAAACAGCCCAGGGGGUAACCAGGGAGCAGGCAUGGAGGGAGCUGGUGGAGAAUUGGGGGGGCAUGGGAACUGGGGUAGAGAAGAUGCCUCAGGUCUCUUGGCCAGGGCCUCCCUGCCCAUCAUGCUCACCUGGCCAUUGCCCCUGGCCUCCUCAGCCCUCACCCUGCUCCUGGGAGCCCUCACUUCCCUUUUCCUCUGGUACUGUUACCGCCUGGGUUCUCAGGACAUGCAAGUCCUGGGGGGUGGGAGUUCAGCUGUGGGUGUAAGUAGUGGGCCUGGGGGAUGUUCUAAGGCUGGCAGGCCAAGCCCAGGGAGCUCUAGGGAGCCUGGGGAAGGACCUGGGACAGAAGGUCUAGUGAGUAGUCGCCUUCGAGCCUAUGCCCAGCGCUACUCCUGGGCAGGAAUGGGUAGGGUGAGGCGGGCAGCACAGGGUGGCCCAAGCCCUGGGAGAGGGCCAGGGGUCCUGGGCAUUCAGCGCCCAGGCCUGCUCUUUCUGCCAGACUUACCUUCAGCCCCCUUUGUGCCUCGGGAUGCCCAGUGGCAUGAUGUGGAGCUCCUGGAGAGCAGCUUCCCUGCCAUUUUGAGGGACUUUGGGGCUGUAAGCUGGGACUUCUCAGGAACUACCCCUCUGCCUCCGGGCUGGUCCCCACCUCUGGCCCCUGGGUGCUACCAGCUUCUGCUGUACCAAGCAGGCCAGCGCCAACCCAUUAACUGCCGCCGGUGCCCGGGAACCUACCGGGCCUUAAGGGCGCUGCGGAGCUUUAUGAGUGCCAACGCUUUCGGCAAUGCUGGCUUUUCUGUCCUACUGCCUGGGGCCCAGCUUGAGGGCCGCUGUGGGCCCACAAAUGCCCGGGUCAGAUGCCAUCUGGGCCUGAAGAUCCCUCCUGGCUGUGAGCUGGUGGUCGGAGGUGAGCCUCAGUGUUGGGCUGAGGGACACUGUCUACUGGUGGAUGACUCCUUCCUGCACACAGUGACUCAUAAUGCUACCAGCCCCAGGGAAAGGUUUGGGCGAUGGGCUCAUGUUCCCUCCCAACCAACUCAUCAGGCACCUCCUUUAACACAGCCAUCUCUCUGGCCCUCCCCUCCCCAGAAGCCAGCACCAGACCCUCAACUCAAUUUUAUUCCAAUAAUUUAAUAGAAAAUUAAAAUAAUAAAUAAUAUGA